AUGAUUAUCGACACCCAUACCCAUGUGGUCAGCAGCGACAGGAACGCUCACCCGCUCCAUCCCGACGCCAGCGGCUGGUCUCUCGAGGUCAGCAACAACGUCGCGGACCUCAUCAAGGAGAUGGACAGCGCCGGCGUGGAGUGUGCCACCCUGGUCCAGCCCAAUGGCACCUACGGCCUGGACAACUCCUACCAGUGCGACAGCGCCCUGCAGUACGCUCCUCGCACCGUCGCCGUCGGCAUCCUGGACCCGGCCGCCUCCGACGCCGCCGACCAGCUAUCCUAUUGGACCAACGAGCGCGGGAUGUGGGGCGUCCGCCUGCAGAGCCAGGCCGAGCCUGACGAUCCUCGUUGCGACGCCCUGUGGGACCGCGCCGAAUCCCUGGGCGUCCCCAUCUCCAUCGGCGGCGGCGGCACGGCCGAUCGCGUCGACCGGAUGCGCAACAUCGGCGGCCGGCACCCCAACGUCCUUUUCGCCCCCGACCACUUCGCCGGCUGGAGCGGUUCCCAGGACAAGCCCGGCAUGACCACCGCCCUGGAGGAACUGGCCCGCCUGCCCAAUGCCCACCUGCGCUACUCCAGCACCAGCCUGGGACCCUACGCUGGGUUGACGGACGACGAGAAGGACCUGUUCCGGCGUGUCAUCGAAGCGUUCAGCCCGAGGCGCAUGAUGUGGGGCACCAACUUCCCAUCGUCGCGCGAGGGCGGUUUCAUCGGCCAGGUCCAACUCGGGCAGACCGCCCUCCCCUGGCUCUCCGCCGAAGACCUCGACUGGAUGAUGGGCGGUGCCGCCGCCACCUUCUGGCCCAUGCUCCAGGCGCCAUAG